UCAUUUUGUGGGAGUAUCUGUUCUUGAUCAUUUUUAUCUGCCCUCAGUUGCGUAGUUUGUUCUUAUGUAUGUACGAUUUUUGCGCUUUCAGGAAAGUUUCCCUUUUUUCCUUCUUUGUUCUUCCUUCUUUAGAUCUCUUUCAGUUAUAAUUAUUCUUCUUGUUUUGAUUGGAUUUCGUGGAACGCGUAUCAUCUUCUGCAUUUCUUGAUUUUUCUUUUCCCGAAGAGUUAGGAUUUUUUCUCCUAAGAUAUAUGUUUCCUGCAUUGGGCAUUGGUUGGAAGGAAUAUGAAGGCAAGAGAUUGACGUGAACGAAUGGUCAUCCGAGAGAACCAAGGAAGACGAGGAUUUUCUUGACCUAAUUACUGUAGAUUCAUUCGGUUAACUUCCUAUUUGAUCUGAAGAAAGUCUUUGCAUUGAAAUAGUGAUACUUUUGAAUGUCUUGCAACUAGCAGUUCUAGGGCUCAAACAUUCAGCUACUUCCAUAUGCUUAUGUUUUAUAGUUGGAAGAUUGUGGAACUUAUAAUUGUUGAUACAGAGUUUGUACCUUCUUUUAACCUUUUACUGAUAAAUUCUCUAGGGAUAGCUCUUUGAUGCUCCAGUGUGUCUGUUUCAUGUUUAAAUACAUUAAUCCUACGUUAUGGCUCCUGUUGGUAAAGAAGAAUGUAGAUGUUAUAUUACUGCAUAUCUGGAUACAAACUUGACUAUGAUUUCUUCUAGAGUUAAUGUUGCUUCUUUUCUGUGUUCAAUGCUUUCUUACCUUUAUAUGUUGUGCCAUAACUUGGUCUUGAUGCUGAGACAGUUGCCAAGCUAGUGCCCAAUUAAUUACCUGUUGUCAGGUGUCUUUGCAUCGACUUUGAUGCGUGCGGGAGAUAGGCACCAAUAAUGAGGGAAGAAAGCUCUUUGUGUGAUGACAUGAUUGACAGGAAUUGGGUAUUGAAGCGCAAGAGAAAACGGAUAACAUCUGGAGUGAAUCUUUUAAAUGGGAAGGAGGGUACCUCCCUAUCUUCAGAGUCCCUGCUGAAGAGUACUUCUGUUAAGAGGAAGCUGAAAGGUGACAUUGACAAAAUCAAAGGGCACGAUGGCCAUUACUUUGAGUGUGCUGUAUGUGAUCUCGGUGGCAAUUUACUUUGUUGUGAUAGUUGUCCUCAAACCUAUCACCUUGAAUGCCUCACUCCACCACUUAAGUGUACCCCACCUGGAAAGUGGCAUUGCCCAAGCUGUUCUGAUCACAAAGAUAAUGUGAAAACACCAAGUAAUGCAGAGGCUUAUUUAAGACGAGCAAGAACGAAGACCAUGUUUGAGAAGUCUACAAUUGUGCAUAAACAAACUAUCAAUGACAAGGCAUCACUUUCUGAGAGAAACUUUAUUCCAGAAAAUAAUAAAGGAAAAACUACUUUCUCCCGUACAGCUCCAGUUCAGAAGAAGUCUGAUUCCUCUACACAUGAUAAAUUGGUAUCCCUUGGUGGAAUAUUGGCACCAGCUGAGAGUAAAAUUAAGAAGAAGUCAGAAUUUUCUUUUCAUUGGAAAACAAGCUCCCGUAAGGAAGCACACUCUCUUGUUAAAUCCUUGAAAUCAGAUCAUAGCAAAAAUUUUCCCGAAGAAAGUUCUGAUAAGUACAAGAGGGAUGUGCAAAGAAAGAAACUUAUUGUUCCGUUUGCUCUGCCCACUCAGAAAGCCAGGAAAAAGAAGCAAAAACUUAGCAGGAGAGAUAAGAAGAAGAGAUCUAGAACUGAAAAAGGAAAAGAUGUUGCAACAGCUGUUAGUAAUGAAUUAUCGACAGAAAAUUGUUUUGAAACUAGUGGGUCACCUAAAAAAUGUGAGUCAUUUGAUCAGUGGAUUUCUGCAUCUAAGAAAGAAGACAAAACACUGAAAUACGACAGUGAAGAACAGUAUGAGGUUGAUCGCAUUCUGGGAUGUCGUGUCCAACCUAACACCACAAUGUCUAGCCAAACAAUUAGAUCUGCUACUCAUCCAGAAUAUGCUAACUCAGAGAUUAAUUCAGGGUGCUUAGCCAUCGGACAGGCAUCAUAUGGUAUAAUUGAUCCUCAAAACAGUAGCAAGUUACUGGUAGAGUGUCAAAAUGGAAGCAAAGUUGAAACAAAGGAUACAGAAAGUGCUCUUAAGGAUGGAUUUGAUGGUGAAGCCAAUUUGGUUUCUGAGGAAAAGAAUGUAUGUCAUAAGGCUGCAGUAUGUGAAGCUCAUAAUGGCCAAUGUGAAACUAAAGGGUUUUUUGAAAAUGCUGUUUCAGCAACAGAAUGUUCGCAGGAUGGAUUCAUCACAAAGAAAAGUUGUGCAGCUCUGGAGGAUUCUCCAAUGAAUAAAUCAGAUACUGCCCAAAAAGUUAAUAUGGAAGAUUUGGCAGAUUUAGAUCUAGCUAGUGCACAAAUGCAGAUUGAUUCACAUAUGCAGACAGGAUCUUCUCAGUUAAUUGUUUCCUGUGAUUUAGAUGGCAAAGAGGGGGUAAUUCUUGAGAGACAUCCAGAAAAUAAUGUUGAAAGUAGAACAACAGAGGAGAUGAUACAGGAUUCAGAAACUAAGAACAAUGAUGUUGUCUAUGAAUUUCUUGUUAAAUGGGUGGGGCGAUCGAACAUUCAUAACAGUUGGGUUCCUGAGUCACAAUUGAAAAUUUUGGCGAAAAGAAAGCUGGAGAAUUAUAAAGCUAAAUAUGGGACCACUGUCAUCAAUAUUUGUGAGGAACAAUGGAAGAAACCACUGCGUGUCAUUGCUCUUCGGGCUUGUAAAGAUGGCCUCAAAGAAGCUUUGGUUAAAUGGUGUGGCCUUCCAUACGACGAAUGCACUUGGGAAAGAUUAGAUGAAUCUGUUAUCAAUGAGUCAGCUCAUCUGGUAGAUGAACUGAAACGGAUAGAAUCCCAGACUUUUAAUAAGGAUGUUAAAGAUGAUAUCCAGUGGAUGAAAGGUGAAUGCCAAGAUGUUGUUCCUCUUCUGGAGCAACCACAAGAGCUAAAGGGUGGGUUGCUUUUUCCACAUCAGCUAGAAGCUUUAAACUGGCUACGCAAGUGCUGGCGUAAGUCUAAAAAUGUGAUCCUUGCUGAUGAGAUGGGGCUUGGAAAAACCAUAUCUGCAUGUGCUUUCAUCUCAUCAUUGUACUGUGAAUUCAAGGCUAAGCUGCCUUGUUUGGUUUUGGUACCUCUUUCCACUAUGCCUAACUGGUUGGCUGAGUUUGCAUUAUGGACCCCACAUUUGAAUGUCGUGGAGUACCAUGGUUGUGCAAAGGCAAGAUCCAUAAUACGUCAGUAUGAAUGGCAUGCUAGUGAUCCUAGCAAAUCAGAUAAAUCAACCAAGUUGUACAAGUUUAAUGUUUUGUUGACUACUUAUGAAAUGGUGCUUGCUGAUACCUCUCAUCUACGUGGUGUUCCUUGGGAAGUUCUCAUAGUUGAUGAGGGACAUCGUUUGAAGAACUCUAGUAGUAAACUUUUUGGUUUGCUUAAUACAUUUUCUUUCCAACACCGUGUUUUAUUGACUGGAACCCCUUUGCAGAAUAACAUAGGCGAGAUGUAUAACUUACUCAACUUUUUGCAACCUGUUUCAUUCCCCUCUUUAUCGGCAUUUGAAGAGAAAUUUGAUGAUCUUACAACAGCAGAAAAAGUGGAAGAGUUGAAAAAGCUUGUUGCACCGCAUAUGCUUCGAAGGCUUAAAAAAGAUGCUAUGCAAAAUAUCCCUCCUAAGACUGAGCGGAUGGUUCCUGUUGAAUUGACAUCCAUACAGGCUGAAUAUUAUCGUGCUAUGCUGACAAAGAAUUUUCAGAUUUUGCGCAACAUAGGAAAAGGUGGCACUCAGCAAUCACUGCUAAAUAUAGUGAUGCAACUCCGCAAGGUCUGCAAUCAUCCAUAUCUUAUUCCAGGAACAGAACCUGAUUCUGGUUCAGUGGAAUUCCUGCAUGAAAUGCGCAUAAAGGCAUCUGCAAAGCUGACUUUGUUGCAUUCUAUGCUCAAAAUUUUAUACAAGGAAGGGCAUCGAGUUCUUAUAUUUUCUCAGAUGACUAAGCUGCUUGAUAUUCUCGAGGAUUACCUAGCUAUAGAGUUUGGGCCUAAAACAUUCGAAAGGGUGGAUGGGUCAGUAUCAGUGGCAAACCGUCAAGCAGCUAUAGCUCGUUUUAAUCAAGACAAAUCUCGAUUUGUUUUCUUGUUGUCCACACGUUCUUGUGGCCUCGGGAUCAAUUUGGCCACGGCUGACACUGUAAUUAUAUAUGAUUCAGAUUUCAAUCCGCAUGCUGAUAUACAAGCUAUGAAUAGAGCACACAGAAUAGGGCAAUCAAAGAGACUUCUAGUUUACAGGCUAGUAGUACGUGCUAGUGUUGAAGAGCGCAUUUUGCAACUUGCUAAAAAAAAGUUGAUGCUAGAUCAACUAUUUGUGAACAAGUCAGGAUCCCAGAAGGAAGUGGAGGACAUUCUUCGAUGGGGAACUGAAGAGCUUUUCAAUGAUUCUGAAGGUGUAAAUGGACAAGAUUUGAAAGAAGCUUCUACAAGCAAACUUGAUGCUGUUCUUGAUAGUGAGCAUAAACAUAGGAGGAGGGCUGGUGGUUUGGGGGAUGUAUACAAAGAUAAAUGUACUGACGGUUGCACAAAGAUCUUGUGGGAUGAAAAUGCAAUUCAAAAACUUCUUGAUCGUUCUGAUCUUCAAUCAGUUCCCGAAAACCCUGAUGUGGAUCUGGAAAAUGAUAUGCUUGGUACAGUGAAGUCAGUGGAUUGGAAUGAUGAUACAAAUGAAGAACCAGAUGGGACAGAUUUGCUCUCUGGUAUAGCUGGUGAUGGUUCCGAGCAAAAAUCUGAAACAAAAGAAGAUAAUGCAGCUGGUGGCACUGAGGAAAAUGAAUGGGAUAGGCUUUUACGUGUAAGGUGGGAGAAAUAUCAGCUUGAGGAGGAAGCAGCUCUGGGUCGAGGAAAGCGCUUGAGAAAAGCAGUGUCUUACAAGGAAACAUUUGCGUCAAUACCAAGUGAAACUUUUAGUGAGAGUGGUAAUGAAGAUGAGGAGCCAGAGCAUGAAUAUACGCCAGCAGGCCGUGCUUUAAAGGAAAAAUUUGCUAGGCUCCGUGCUCGGCAAAAGGAACGUAUUGCCCAGAGGCAGACUGCUGAGCUUUCCAAUAUGAUAGACAAGACCGAAUUACCUAAUGAGUCAUUGGUUCAAUCUGUCAAUGAAAUGGAAGGCUUUGCUAAAAAAAAUCAUGACAACAAAAAUGAACAGGUUGUUGCCAUCAAUCUGGAGGAUAAUAGACCAUCUCAACAAUUAGAUGGCAACAGAAGCGAGUCUUUUGCAAGGUUUGGGAAGUUCUCGAAGCAUGGAUAUAAAAGAUUCCACAGUGAUCAUCUGGAUCUUUCUGUCAGACCUCCAGAAAAUCUUUCUCCAGACAUCUUUUUGCCUAGCCAUCAGUUGCAAAACGCAAACAUUGCAAGUUCAAUGCCUUCUAGCAGCCUUCUACCUGUUUUAGGACUAUAUGCUCCUAAUGCUAAUCAGGUAGGUUUGUCAUCCCGAAACUUCCGUGCCCCACUGAGACAACCAAUAUCAAGCAGUGAACAAAGACAAAUAAAUAGGGGAAAUGUAGAAUACCUGUUUCCGUCAGCUUCCAGUUCUCGACCUUCAAGUGACCAAAGUGUUGAAGUCAGAGAAAAAUCUGCCAGCACAUCUACAUUACCUGAAGCAUCAGGAUACUCCUUGAAUCACAAGCUGAAGAAUAUGAUACCUGACAGCUACUUUCCAUUUUGUACUCCUGCACCUACAUCUGGAAGACCUCCCCUUGAUGCACUUGAAAACUCAGGUUCAUCCUUCGCCUCAUUUCAAGAAAAACUGGGCCUUCCAAACUUAAUUCUUGAUGAUAAGCUGGUGCCGAAGUUUCCAUUACCAUCAAAGAGUUUAAUGAAGCAACAUGUAGAUCUCUUACCUAGCUUGUCAUUGGGCAUGGAAUUCGUAAAUGACACCUUUCAGGAAUUCCCAGAUAUGCCUGUAUUACCCAAUUUCAAGCAACAGCCAAGCGAUUCCCUGAAGCAAAAACAGCAGAUGACAGAGUUACCUUCAAUGCAUGGUCUAGGUCAUGUUCAAGGCACAUAUUCAUCAUUACCUGAAAACCAUCAGAUGGUUCUUGACAACAUAAUGAUGCGAAGUCAGUCUGCAACAAAUAAGUUGUUUAAGAAGAGAUUAAAAGUAGAUGCAUGGUCCGAAGAUGAACUUGAUUCUCUUUGGAUUGGUGUCCGUAGGCAUGGAAGGGGUAAUUGGGAUGGGAUGCUCAGGGAUCCCAUAUUGAAAUUCUCAAAGUACAGAACUGCUGAAGAUUUGUCCUUUAGAUGGAAAGAGGAGCAGCAAAAGAUAAUGGAUGUGCCAGCUUUUUCAGCACCAAAAUCUUCGAAGUCUCUAUCAUUUCCUGGAAUAUCUGAUGGUAUGAUGACUCGGGCUCUGCUUGGAAGCAAAUUUUCUGGCCUUGGUAGUGAACGGCCGAAAUCCCUUUCUCAUCUGACAGACAUUCAUUUGGGCUGUGGUGAUUUUAAGUCUAGCUUUCCAUGCAUCGAUCCAUUUGGUCAAGUUAGUAGAAUUGAUGAGAAUUUUCCACAAGUUGUAGCAUGGCAGCAUGAGAGACUUAGACCAAAUUAUACUGGAGACUUAUCUGCUGGAGCAUUUAAUAGACUGGAUAACGUCAGUUUGCCCUUCGAUCAGCCUUGUCAGGGUAACUUAGCUACGAGUCUAAGUGUGAAUUUACAGAAGAAUGAAGAUGAAUAUCAUGCUAAGAAGAAUCAUCCCUUGCCAGUUGUUCCUGACAAACAGCUGAAUCUAUUGCAUAAUUCCAGCUGUAAUGUAAAUCCCAAAGAAUCCAACAUGGGCAUUCCCCUCAUCCCCCAAAAGAAGCAGGUUUUUCCAAACUUUUCUUCCAAUAAUGAUAUUGCUCUUGGUAGCUCAAACACAGACAAGCUUCCUCAUUGGCUUCGAGAAGCUGUCAAUAUCCCUUCAUCCAGGCCAUCAGAACGUGAGGUGCCCUUGAUGUUGCCGCCAGCUGUUUCAGCAAUUGCUCAAUCUGUUCGUUUAAUUUAUGGAGAAGAGAAAACAUUCCCACCAUUUGCAAUUCCAGGCCCUUUGCCUAUCCAACCAAAAGAUCCAAGGAAAAGUUUGAAGAGGAAAAGGAAGUUGAAUAAGCUUCGGCAGCUGACCCCUGAUAUUGGGUGUGCUACAAAGAAUUUUGAUCAUGGUGCUUCAAGCUCAAUUCCCCCAGCUCCAGAAAUAAUGGAAUUUGUACCUGAUCCUGGAAAGUCUGACCUCAGUGAAAAUCUCACUCAGAACCUAAACUUAAAUUCACCAUCCUCAUCAUUAUUUGUUACACAAGGAAAAAGUUCAGUCUCAGCACUAGCACCAUCUCCUGAAGUGCUGCCUUUGGUAACAUCUUGUAUGCCAUCCGGGCCUUCUGAAUUGUUGAUAACAGAUAUGCCUGGCCCUAGCUGUCAAGUAGCAGAAAUAUCAGAGUCAAACGAUCUUGUAUUCAAACAAGAUAAGGAGGUACUAAAUGGAGAUAAAAAAGACAUUCAUGGGAAACAGAAGAUACAUGAGAAUUCACUCUUGGGUUGUUGGGAUACAAUGCUAAGUUCCAAGAAGAUUGAUCAAGUGGAUGAUGGAGACUUGAGUAAAACUCAUUCUGAUACUAGUAAAUCUAACCAGGUCAAAGUUGAGGAAAUGUCAUCUGAAGAAACUAUGUCGGAUGAUCAUUAAAGUGGACAUGAACAGUAAACAUUCUGGUUUUCUUCUUGGCAUCCCCUUUUUCCCUCAUGCUUGUGGAACCAGACACAGUAACUUGCCAUCCUUGUAUAUGUCUCAGCAAGAUUGUUGUCCAAUAUAAAGCAAUGAGACAUCUUUCAAGUCGUUAUACAAGUAUUGCCAAUCUCAUUGUUUUUGCAUAUCUUUGGUUAUGCUACAAUUUACUCAAAUAUAUGCUAUAAAAGGGCUUGUUAACAA